AGAGAUAAAGAAGGCAGACGCAUAAAUGAUCCUGAUUAUGACCCAAGAACACUCUAUGUAAGAUAUUUUGACAAGUAGCUACUCUACACCUUCGCUAAAAUUCCCACUAAUUUCUUGUUGUUUUCCCAGAUUCCCUCAACGUACCUCAAUUCCAAAGAAGUGACGCCAGUAUGUUAGAGAAAUCACAUUUUCCCAUCAUUUUCAUAUGUUUUGUUCGUGCAGAAACCACGACCCACGGCAGUGUACUCAUCGAAAUUUUUGUUUUCAGGGCAUGCGACAAUGGUGGAAGAUUAAAAUGGACAAUUAUGAUACCGUUCUUUUCUUCAAGGCAAGUUUGGGAAAAAUUUACCCCCGUUAUAUCACAUAUAAUAUACCUUGACUGGUUCAAUUGUUUUAACUUUUAUUUAAUUACCGGUAUUUAAGUCGUUUAUAUUAACUUUUAUUUAUUUACCGGUAUUUAAGUCGUUUAUAAUAUAACCGUUCUAUAACGUCCUUGUAUCUGGUCUCGUUCCUUCUCGUUCCAUUUGUUUUUCAAUAUUGUCUCUCGAAUACCUUUGUUCUCUUCUGUGUUUCUGUAAACUAGAAGCCGGUUGUUCGAAGCCCGAUUAGCGCUAACCCUGGGUUGAAUUUUAACCUGCUGUUUUUGUUUAUGUAUUUCUGCAUGUCGUUUCAAAGCUUUAGAAAAUAAACCCUCUAUUGAACCAGAAAAGAUUUCUGGAAAAACAUAUUCAACUUCAUUGAUGAGCUGUUGGAAAAUUUAAUUUGUAGAUUUGUGUCAACAUUUGCAAAUUUGUGUGCUAUAUGGUUAUUGAAAAGUCGUGAAAACUGACUUUAUUUAGGUUGGAAAAUUUUACGAGUUCUAUCACAUGGAUGCAGUUACUGGCGUUAAAGAACUUGGUCUGGCUUACAUGAAGGUAUUAGCCACAGCUCACAUGUUUUAUUAGGCAGCAAGGCAUAAACAGGGCACGCAAAUUAUGUCAUAUUGUGUGGUAUUAGCCAAGAAGAAUCUCACCAUUGUCGUUCACCAUUGUCGUUCAUUUUAGGGCAAGUUUGCUCACGCUGGUUUUCCAGAGAUUUCGUAUGGUCGAUAUUCUGAUAUGCUGGUUCAGAAAGGAUUCAAGUGAGGCUACGUUGACACUUGUAUCAGAUGGCUUUCCGUAGCGACGUGAAAAAACACCAAUCCGUACCAGAGCCAGAGGAAUUAUUGCAACGCAGAGAUGUUGUUUCGCUCAGCUUCUGAAAGUUGUACAAUUCGUAUCGGAUAGGUGCUUUUUCGCACCGCUACGGAAUUAGCUAUCCAGUAUAGUGGAAACCUAGCCUAGGAAGCCGUAUCAAUUUCAGUGUAGGGAGGGAACAGUUUUACAGGUUUUGCAGUAUUUAUAAAAUCUUAUUUCUGUCAAAGGGUUGCACGUGUUGAGCAAACUGAGACUCCACAGAUGAUGAAUAACCGCACAAGUAAGUUUACAACAAGAAGAAGAAUUUAGUUUAGCACACAUAAUCUAUAUACAAGUAUUAUAUAAAUGGUAAAUGUAUAUGUAAUAAAACACGACAGUGAUUUCUUUUGUCUUUUCUCAUGAAUUAUUAUUGAUGUUUGUGUGAUGUUACUCUGAGUGUAUAUCCACACCAGGCAGGCUUGAAAAAUAUGCCUGGCCACGGUGGGAUUCGAACCUACGACCUUUAGAAUACUCGUAGGUUCGAAUCCCACCGUGGCCAGGCAUAUUUUUCAAGCUUGCCCGGUGUGGAUAUACACUCAGAGUAACAUCACACAAACAUCUUAUUCACCUGAGUACAUUACACCAACGCAGCAAAAAUUAUUAUUGAGUUUUUAAAGUCUUUAUGAACUCGCGUUUAUUUUCAGAUAAGGGCGAUAAGGUUGUGAGACGAGAGCUUUGUGCGAUCACGUCAAAAGGUGUGUAUCAUUAAACAAGAUAUAAUGAACUGUUGAUUGGUAGUUUCUCUUAGGUAUCGACAAUGAUGGUUACUUAAUUUAAAGUGUUCAUUUUGUUUUUCCAGCGACAAAAAUGUUCAGAUUUAACGAGGGUGACAUUGCUGACGACGCAGCCGCUUAUUUACUGGCCGUGAAGGAAUCUGUACGUCGAAAUAAAAUUUUGUUGUCAAGUUUUUCGUCUUUUUAUUCUCUUUCUGAAUAUUGGUUUUGUUUUUCCAGGGUUUUGAUGAAAGUUGUGGAGGAGAAAGCAAAUAUGGCGUUUGUUUUAUUGACACGUCGAUUGGAAAAUUUCAUGUAAGAUUGCAUCAGUUGAUAGCCGGCUCACAGAUUGAAUUCCGCUUUAAUAUUCUUCAAUUAUUUCGUCUUCACUGUAGUUAGGACAAUUCUCUGAUGACAGACAAUGUUCAAGACUUAGAACUCUCAUUGCUAACAACGUCCCGGCUCAGGUAAAUAUCAGUCAAUCAGGAUGUUUAGCUUAACAAUUAGUCGCCGAAGGCGAGGUGAUUGCAAGCCUAUAUUCACUGAGCCGAAGGCGAAGUGAAUAUAGGCUUUUGACAAAAAGGUCGGCGUGUCUAGUGUACAGUAGUCGAUCCAUUGUUUAUUUCCAGAUUCUGUUUGAACGGGGAGGCAUAACAAAGAAAACACAAUCUGUCCUUCACCAUGAGAUGCUUUCAACUAUGAAGGAACAACUUUCUCCUGGUUUGUACAUUUUGUACUCGGAAAAGCAUACAAAAUAUGGAACAAUUAGUAUUUACAGCUUGUACCAGCUAGAAUCAAUAUGUUCUUGUUCAAGGUGCUGAGUUUUGGGACGCAUCAAAGACGAUCAAAUUUUUGCAAGAAAAUGAAUAUUUUCACGAGGGAGGCGAACAGGUAUAUACCAGCAUUUCUGUUGAGUAGUUUUAUUUGAUGUAUCAGACUUUUCGUGUCGGAACUACCUGAAGAAGAUAAAAAAAAAACACUUCGACGAGCUAGGCCCUUCAUCUUGUGGUUAAGCCUUGAUAUAGCAGAAGUGAGAGUUUGCAUGAGAGUUUUCUCAUCUCUCAUGCCCCUGGUCAAACGAGAACAAGAGUUGCACGAGAGUUGAGAAGAGAGACUUUAAAUCAGAGUUUUCUCAACUCUCAUAUCCUGGUCAAACGAGAACAACAGUUGCAUGAGAGUUGAGAAGAGAGACUUUACAUCAGAGUUUUCUCAACUCUCAUGCCCUGGUCAAACGAGAACAAGAGUUACAUGAGAGUUGAGAAGCGAGAGUUUGCAUGAACGUUUUUCUCUUUUCUAGAAAUGGCCUGAAACACUGAAAGGAAUGUCAAUCGGUGGUAGGUUUCUACUCUGUUGCAUUGGACAGCUUGAUAUGCUUGCGAAUAUUACCGCCAGAUGGAAAUCUUCUGACUAAAGUGAAUGAACAUCUUUCAUUCUUCAUGUUCGUUCUAGAUAAUGCUGGACUAACUCCUGCUGAGGAUUUUGAAUUGGCUUUUUCAGCCUUGGGAGCUUGUAUUUGGUAAGUCGAAACAUUGUUCGAAUGGUAUACAACCCGCUGUACCCUCAUGAGAUGAUUUUGAUGUAUUGAAAUCACAGUGCACGAUUCAGAAAAACUACUUUAUUUUUCUGGUGCUAGAUUAUAGUAUUAAUAGGGCCAUUUAUACUGAACAAAAUAAGACGCGACUUACAUAAGACGCGACUUAAGUAAGACGCGAGUUUGUCGUAUAAAAGGUACAAAAUUCUUAUGUAAGACGACUCUUGGAUAAGACGCGUCUUACAUAAGAACAGGUCUUUUAGCUGUUCUUAUUUAAGUCGCGUCUUAAAUAAGAAAUUUUGGACAAAAAGUCUAACUACACAUGUCAGAAACUUGAAACAACGUAAAAUUUAAUGCCUUGCAUAUUAAAACAAAAACAACCAAAACAACAUUAUAGCUAUAGCAAAUAAAUAAGACCAAAGCCGUAGAGAACCAUUUAUGCGAUAACUCCACUUAUUUAAGUCGCGUCUUAUGUAAGUCGCGACUUAUUUUGUCACGUAUAAAUGGCCCUAUUGUAAACGAAAGGUUGUUCAAGCAGCGAUAAUAAUCUUGAACUACGAGAUCUUCUCGACAACAUUUGAAUUUUCUUAACUGCUGUUUGUACUCUCGUUUAAGCCUAGUGAUUUAUUUUCAAUACAUCGAAAUCAUCCCGCCUUCCUUCCUCAUGUUUAGGUAUUUGAAAAAGUGCCUGAUUGAAAAUGAACUGCUAUCAAUGAAAAAGUUUGAGGUAGUAUACCGAAUCAAAUUUCAGUGUGAAUUCAUAAUCAGCUUUCGCUUGUUAAUCUCAAAAUUUUUUAAAUAUAAUGUUUAGUUAUAUCAACCUUUGGAUGAAAUCACUGUCCACAGAAAAAGUGUGUCUUUUACAGAAGGACGAAAUCACAUGGUAAUAGAUUUUGUGUUGAUAUUAUUGACUGACAAGAAAGGAUGACUUAUUUAAUUUAUUAAUUGAGUGAUAGAGCUGAUGAAUCAGCCUUUCUCACGAAGGCCAAAGUGCAACCUCGUACCCAGGGUCCCCGUGUUUUAAGGUUCGCGUGCACACCAGAACCUUUAAACACGGGGACCCUGGGUACAAGGUUGGCCCACUGAACUAUAUAACAUAUAACGUAUAUAGUUCACUGGGUUGGCCAAAAUCCGCCAUUUUUGGGGUACUGUCUGCCCUCGUGAAAGAUUCUAGACCAUUCAAACAACGUGAAAAACGACUUUUACAAGUUAUAACUGUAAAUUUACCAUUAUACAAACAACUGCAGUACAAUACUAACAAGUUGUAUUUCGUGGCGAGGAAACUCUCGAACUUGGGGAGGGAAAAAGAUGUUUCAUACUUUUUUCUUCAAGAUUGGUUUGGAAACAAAUUUGGAGUAGGGUUAGGUUAGGAUUAGGGUUAGAGUUUGUGUUUGGAGUUGGGUUAGUGUUACUAAAAUAGUUGCUUUGUUACGUUUUGUCACUCUUCCACUUGGGAGAGGCAGUGCCUGAAAAAUUGCGGUAAAAUCGACUGUGAGAAAAGCUAAGGGAUGGGUAGAAGGUUUGGUAAAUUGGUUGAUGGGUUCUGUGUUUCUGCAGAUGCUGGAUGGUGUAACUUUAACCAACCUUGAUGUCGUACCAAACGGAGUGGAUAUACCACUAGAAGGAACGUUGCUGGAACAAGUGGACAACUGCUGCACUUCUUUUGGUUCGUAAAUUGUUAGUUUAAAGCUCGGUUUGCACUAUAUCAAAGUUUCUGUGAUCACAGUAGGAAUUUUGCAUCGGUAAAUGGACCUAUUCCCUAAUGAACAAAAUUUUGAUCUAGACAAAAAUUUCAUCACAGCUUGAAAGAGCAUCACAAAAUUAGUAAUAUUCCAAAGUUUCGUUGCGAAAUGUUGUAAAAUGCGGAUAAUAUAGCCUUGCGAAGUUUGCCGUUUUUCAGUCAUUUUGUAAUACGCACGGGAAAUUGAUACCUUUUUUCAGAAAGCGGGAUCAGUUUCCCGUGCGUAAUACAAAAUGACUGAAAAACGGCGAACUUCGCAUGGCUAUAUUAUCCGCAUUUUACAACAUUUCGCAAUGAAACUUCGGAAUAUUACUAAUUUUGUGAAUUUUUUUGUCUAGACUUGUUUAGAUCAAAAUUGUGUUCAAUAGGGAAUAGGGCCAUUUGAAACCAUGUCGGGGUUCUCAGAUCCUCAUUUUGGAAUUUAUUACAACAGGAAAGCGACUUUUCAAGCAAUGGCUAUGUUCACCGUUGUGUAAUCCCAAGUCUAUUAACGACAGGUAAGACGUGAAAACAUUGAAACGCUUACGCCUGUUGGCUGUAUUCCAAAAGCUCACUCACACUCAAAGAGUGGAGGUUCAAUCUGAGCUUCUCUUGAGUGUCAAUGCUGUUUUUGAAUAGCUGGAGGGUGAGUAGUCACAUAGCAAGGUACGACACUAACCCUCCAGCUAUUCAAAAACAGCAUUGACACUCAAGGGAACCUCAGAUUGAACUCUUUGGCUGUGAGUGUGCUUUUAGAAUACAGGCGUUAAUGACAGGAUUGCUGUUUUUUAAUCUCAUUUCUUACUGCAGUACAAUUUCUUCUUUCAGCUCAAUUUACCUGCAUAUAAAUCCUCUCUUUCAUAGGUUGGAUGCUGUCGAGGACCUAAUGUCAAGACGUUCUCUCGUGUCUGAGGCAAGAGAAAUCUUAAGAAAUCUACCUGACCUCGAGCGUUUGUUGAGAAAGUAAGACACAUGAGCUUUUACUGUUCGCAUGAGCAAACUCGCCUAGUUGAAAAUGAGCUUUAAGGUUACAGGACACCCUUUUUGGCGUUUUGCGGAAAAUGGCUACUGCGCGCUCAAUAUCAGUCCGAUUUUCAUCAAAUUUUCACCAAAUGUUCUCCAGUGCGUGCAAAAUAUGGUACAGUUGUAAAAUUAACAAACAAUAAUGUAAGAAUUAUUCAGGAAAAUCUUAAAUCGCGGUACCUUUACGCUUUUGAGUUGUACUCCUGCUGGUUUUAAGUUAUAUUUAUGAAAAUAUCAUUUUUACACAGUAAAAUAGUUGUUCUAAAAAAUUGUGUUCGGAAAUUUUUGUUUAUUUCGUCAUUCCGCUGAUAUGGUGAUUUCUAUGACGACUGCAAUAUAUUUCUGAAUUGUUUGAGUGAAUUGCUCUUUAUUUUUAAAAUAUCCAAAAUUAAAAAAAAGCCGAACACAAUUUUGAAACUGACGUCUUUAGCUAUGUCCUGUGAAAAUUUGAGAAAAAUUGGUUAAAAGCCGCAGGAGCAUAACUCGUUUGAAAAUCAGUAAUUACCGUAAAAUUUUUCGGGAGAAAAUUGAAUUUGAAUAUUACAUUUUCAAUGUUUUUCUUAUUGCAGCGAAAUGUAUUUUACUAAAUAACUCUGCGAGUUUUCAACAUUUUUCGUUCAAACUUGGUCAGAUAGUAGAACUAGUCUAAUGCUUUCAUUGAAACCAAUAAAAAAAUUUUAGGCAAAAUUAACACUCAAAGGUGUUCUGUAACCUUAAGGCUGGCUCACACUAGAAAUUCUGUUGGCGAUUUUUCUCCUCUUGGUAAAUGUGAUCGAAUGAAUGACGUGCAAAAGAUUUAGAAUUGUUUACUUCUGAAAAGCGACUCUAUACUUUUAUGUGCGAGUUCACUCAUUUGCAUCCGUCAGAAAUACAAAAUCGCCGCGACAGAAUUGAUAGUGUGAACCAGGGCCUUAUACUUGUGCUUGCGUCGUAGUGCAUGGGACCAGGCUUAUUAAAUGAACUCAUUUCCAUUCUGUUGUAAAUGUGCAAUUUCAUGUUUUCAUAGGAUUCAUAGUAUGGGCUCAGUCAGCCGUAGCAAGGACCAUCCUGACAGCAGAGCGAUCUUUUAUAAUGAACUGACGUACAGGUGAACAAUGGUUUCCCUCGUUAUAAUCUCUCGCAUGGAUCAGUAAGAGAUGAGCCGUAAUGGAUCUCUAGGAAAAACAGUUUAGUUUAGGUUUCCUCCUGUAGUAACACUGGAUCAAUAAGAGAUGAUCCUUACUGGAACUCUAGGAAGAACAGUUUAGAACUGAUAGAGCUAUCCAGUAUAAAUAAAGUUCGUCAUUUAGUUUAGGUUACCUCCUGUAGUAACAGUGGAUCAAUAAGAGAUUAUCCUUACUGGACCUCUAGGGAGAACAGUUUAGAACUGAUAGAGCUAUCCAGUAUAAAUAAAGUUAGUUUAGUUUAGGUUUCCUCCUGUAGUAACACUGGAUCAAUAAGAGAUGAUCCUUACUGGACCUCUAGGGAGAACAGUUUAGAACUUAUAGAGCUAUCCGGUAGGUUUAUUUGCUUGAAAAUGAAACUUGUUUUUAUAGUAAAAAGAAAAUUGGCGACUUUCUGUCAACUUUGGAAGGUUUUCAAAAAGCGAGAAAGUUAUGUGUGUUAUUCAAAGAUCAACUGGAAACUAUCAAGUACGGAAUUUCUAAUCUCGUGUCAUUUCCUCAUCAUUAUACUGCAAUAGUACUUGUACUUGAAUACCGAAUACGAAAAAAUCUCGUUCAUACGCAGAGUAAUUCAGGUGCCAUAGCGCGCUGAAGUUCGACUACAGUACCUUUUUUAUACACCCCCUAUCUUAUGGCAUUGUUGUCAGGCAAUGUUUACCUUGUGGUAGUAACUUCUAGUGUUAUAUACUCUAUAUUUCACACUUGCAGAUCAAAACUUCUCAGAAUGACAAUCGGCAUGGAAUCUUCAACGGAUGCGGGAAAGUUUCCUGACUUCCGAGAGGAGUUAGAUUUUUUCUUCAAGGUAAUCUCUUUUGGGAAAUUGAACGUUGUUAUUUUAGAAAAUAUAACGAAUGAAAGAAAAUAGGGAAAAAGAGGUUGAUUGCAGUCUGGCUAAUCCAAUCUCUUGUUGUUUUUAGCGAGUUUGAGAUUUGGCUUUCGCCUCCACUACCGUUACCUCUCUCGCUGACCUGGUGUGCAUGUAAUUGGUUAGCUCGGUAAACUAUAACAUUGUUGGUGGCGGUUAGUGGCGGUGGAAGUUGAAUCUUGUUCUUGGUAUGUAUUGCGUUGCAUUGCAUUGCAUAUGUUCAAUAUUGUACUGUGCCAUGUAGUUUUGUAUUGUGAUAUGUUAUUUUGUGUUGUAUUCUUAAAAUUUGGCAAAAGGGCCCACAGUAAUUGGUGGAUACUGUUGUGGUGACUCUGCCACUUGUUUGUUGAAAGUGGCGAAGUUUAAUAAAUAAAUAAAUAAAUAGAUUCUAGUUAUUCCAUCUCAUCCUAUAUUCGUAAUGCCUUCCUCUUUGAGGAAUAAAAACAGAGUUGGGCAAUAUCGUUCUUUUAUCUCAUUUUAUGCCAGUAUGCGUUUGAUCACAGGAAAGCUAAGGAAGAAGGGGUUAUUUUACCGAAAGAAGGUCAGUUCUUAUUGUUAUAAGCUUUUUUUAAAUUUUGUAUUGAAUACGCUAUACAAAUAUAUAGACCGAUUCUUCGUUUAAUAGUAGUCAGUUUAAGAUACCCCGGUUUCUGUGUACAGGUACAGGUAGCAUGAUUUUGAUUAGCAAUAUUUUCGUGUACCUUUACUCGUAAUUAAGGUGCACAUUUUUCGCAUAAAAUCAUUGACUAUUGCAAGAAAACAGAAAAAGUAUGAUCGAAUUACAGACAUCAGUAAAAACUAGUAAACAAGAUGAUACUGGGGUAUCUUAAACUCACUAGUUCCUAGCUUUGACACUUGCAAAACAAUCACUUCAGUUGCUGUGUUUAUAAACUCCCAUGCCAUUCAAAUUUUGAAAAACGAGGUUGGAUUUUUCACAUACUUCGAAGUGUUUUACACAUCGGUAAUAAACAGUUUUCAAGUUUGUUAUCUUACAGUACAAAAAGCGUGUUGUUAAUGUAUAGGUGUCGAUACUGAUUUUGAUAUGGCUAUGCAUGACAUCCAGACAACAAAACUACAUUUGAAAGAUUAUCUAGAUCGACAGAAGAAACGACUUGGAUGCAGGG